UUUUGUUCUGCGGCGGCUGGGUAUUUAGAGCCAGCGGCGGGCGCAGCGGAGGACCGUCCGCGCAGGACUAUCGUCGUGUCGACACCACCGCCCAGGCCGCUGACGCCGCCCCGCCAUCUUGCCUCGUUCCCGGGCGGCGCAGCGAAAGCGCGGAAGAGAAGCCGAGCAGUGUCAGCAGCAACCCCCCUCCUUUCCCCCCCCUCAGGUUCCCCGACCGCGGCGGCGUCGCAGCAGCAGCAGCAGCAACCACCACCACCACCACCGUCGUCGUCGUCGUCGUCCUCUUCCUCGCCCCUCACCCGGUUCCACCAUGGUCAAUGCUCCGGCCGGCCCCGAGUACUCCCCCUUCUUCGCCGUCAUGGGCGCCUCGGCCGCCAUGAUCUUCAGCGCCUUGGGCGCCGCCUACGGCACAGCGAAGAGCGGCACAGGCAUAGCUGCCAUGUCAGUCAUGAGGCCAGAGCUGAUCAUGAAGUCCAUCAUUCCUGUGGUCAUGGCGGGUAUCAUAGCGAUCUAUGGCUUGGUAGUGGCUGUCCUGAUUUCCAGCUCUGUCGCGUAUAACAUGUCGCUAUUCAAGAGCUUCCUCCAGUUGGGCGCUGGAUUGAGUGUAGGCCUCAGUGGUUUGGCUGCCGGCUUUGCCAUUGGCAUCGUGGGUGACGCAGGUGUCCGGGGGACGGCGCAGCAGCCGAGGUUAUUUGUGGGCAUGAUCCUGAUCUUGAUCUUUGCCGAAGUCUUGGGGCUGUAUGGCCUCAUCGUUGGCCUCAUCCUUUCCACAAAAGGGUAACCGCUGCAGAGUGUGAUGGAAAACAAAACAAACUUAAAAAGUUCCAGAAUUUGAAAAAAAAAAAACAGUCUCUCCACAAUGUGUACAGUUGUCAUCAGUUUUGGUAGUUGAUCUCUUGUAAAUUUGCGCAAUGUAUGUGACUUGUCUGUCCUCUGUGUACUUCGAUAUGAAAAGCAACGAGGGCCUGCCACAAGCCUUUUCACACAAGGCUUGCGGGGAAGCCCCUUUGCUGUUUUUCCAUCCAUUUUUGCCAUUUAGAGUCCUUUAUGUAUAAAUAUAAACUAGAAAACGCUAAUUUUCCCCCUCUCUCUCUUCAUUGGAUGUUUUAUUUAUAAGACUUGACAUGUUCAUACAUAAUGGAACAAGAGUUUUCAAUUUUCCAUGCUCUCUCUCUCUCUACACACACACACACACACACACACAAUUAUAUAUAUAUAUAUUAAUCUCAUGCAUAGAUUACUACACUGUGGGGUUAACUGUUAAGUGCAGAGAAAUCCUUGGAUGUAAUUUGAUUCUCAAUGAUUGCUGUCGUGUCCUGGUAUCGGAGUGUGAGACUGUUUGUGUUUAUACAGAUAACAGCAAAAAUGUCUGAGACACUCCUGUGUUCCCAAAUAGUAAAAACUGUACGCUCUGGCAUCCAAAAGUUGUGCAGCCAAUGUUGGAUUUUGCAGUAAUACGUUUCCAGGUAAUAAAAAACAAUUCCUCCACUGUA